ACCGAACAUUGACAAAAAUGUAAAAAAUUGGCAAAAAGUGGCACCAAGUGUAAAAAUCCCAAUUUUAGACGGCCACUUCGGCUGCGACUGCUCCUUCCACGGCUCCGGUUGUUCCUCCCGCGGAUCCCGUUGCUCCGCUCACGACGGCUCCCGUCUCUUCCAGUCAACCGGCUCCGAUCGCUCCUCCCUCGGCUCCUCCGACAACAGCUCCGACCGUUCAUAUUGGUGAUCACUUUCUCUCACUAAUAAACUCUGUGAGGAAGCUGUCUUUUAUCUGUCCAACUACAAUGGAUCCUGAAGUGGCACUAGAACUUGUGAAACACGGUGCCACAUUUUUUCUCCUCGAUGUUCCUCAAUACACCCUUGUUGGAAUAGAUACUCAGGUGUUUACAGUUGGGCCUUCUUUUAAAGGGAUAAAGAUGAUUCCUUCUGGUCCCCAUUUCGUCUUUUAUAGCUCAUCAACCAGAGAUGGCAAGGAGUUCUCUCCAAUUAUUGGGUUUUUCAAAUAUGUUGAUCCCUCGGAGAUAAUUGUUCGAAAAUGGGAUCAACAAGAGGAAAGGCUGAUAAAAGUAUUAGAAGAAGAGGAAGAGAGGUUUUGUGAAGCAGUUAGAAGAUUGGAGUUUGAUAGACACCUUGGUCCUUAUAAUUUAAGCCAGUAUGCAACUUGGAAGAGUUUAUCUAAUUACAUUACGAAGGACAUCAUAGAACGGAUGGAACCUAUUGGAGGAGAAAUUACUGUUGCGAGUGAACCUGCAAUGAUGAAAAAUACUCCUAAAACAACAGUGGAGAAAGCUCUAGAUGAGCAACUGAAAGAUAGCAAGUGCUCAAUAUCUGCUGAAAACUCUCAGCAGACAGGAUGCUAUUACACAUCAAUUCCUCGCAUCAUCAAACAAAAAGGAAUUCAGGGGCAAGAACUUACGGCCUUGAAUCUUGACAAAACCCAUUUGUUAGAAAGCUUGCUGGUAAAAGAGUAUGGAGGUUCUGAGGAUUUGCUUCUUGGAGAACUGCAAUUUGCAUUCAUUGCAUUUGUGAUGGGACAAUCACUCGAAGCAUUUCUACAGUGGAAGUCUAUAGUCAGCCUUCUAUUUGGAUGCACUGAAGCUCCUUUCCAUACAAGGAGUCGGCUCUUUGUGAAGUUUAUUAAGGUCAUUUACUAUCAACUGAAGUAUGGACUUCAGAAAGACAAUGCAGAUUCAAGUGGUGCAGUUGUAGGGGCAUCAGCUUUGAUAGAUGAUUCGUGGUUUUCUGCUGAUAGCUUCUUACACCACCUCUGCAAGGAUUUCUUUUCUCUGAUCCAAGAAGCAUCCGUUGUUGAUGGUGAUCUCUUGUCAUGGACGAGGAGACUGAAGGAGCUACUCGAAAACAAUCUCGGGUGGCAAUUUCAGCAGAAUAGUGCAGUUGACGGUAUUUACUUUGAAGAAGAUGACGAGUUUGCUCCAGCGGUUGAAAUAUUGGAUGACUAGCCUUCUUCUACUAAAGUUCAACAGCAUUUUCUCUGUAUGCGUGCAGUGUUAUCUGUAAAGUAAUGAUACUCAAAAUUUAGAGAGGAAAACUUAUGCUAAAAGGUGUUAGUCAAUAGAUUAUAUUGUUUUGAAGAGUGGUAAUUUGUAUAACUUCUCUAUAUUAUGUAGGAAAUUAUUUUACCAGGA